UUCAUGAUUAAAAAAGUAAUGACCACAGCUGCCAAACUUCACUCAGUAGUCAGUACGCGUUCUACAUUCAUAUACAUAGCUUAAGAUGUUCUUUUGAGUUCUCAUCACAAAAAAAUAGAAAAAAAAAAAGGAGCGAUGACUGUCUUCCAUAAACUAUCUUUCUUCAUUUUGAUGUUCAUCUUUUGCCAUGACCAGAUAAGAAUUGCACAGGCUCAGGAACCUACUCCAUUCUAUUUAGCUUAUAACCUUUGUUCAAGAAGUAAUUACAGUGCCAACAGUACGUAUCAAACCAACCUCAAUCUCUUACUUUCAUCUCUCUCAAAGACAUUCACAAACAGAAACACAGUUCCUCUAUAUGGUUACCGUAACAUCACGGUCGGGGAAAACCCAGAUACUGUUUACGGGUCGUUACAUUGUAGAGAGGAUAUAGCACCAGAUAUAUGUUCAGCUUGUGUUCAGCGUGCAGCUGAAGAAGUUGGGAAAGAUUCAAUGUGUCCAAAUUCAAGAAGAGCUAUUAUGUAUUACAAUGGAUGUGUUCUAAGGUACUCAAACAAGUAUUACUUCUCAAUUAUGCAAGAAAAACCAGCGGUUCCGUUAAAUAAUCAAAAUAAUGUCACAGACCCAGCCAGCUAUUUGACAUUAGUAACUGGAUUAUUAGAUGGCUUAGUGAUUGAAGCUGUAAACAAUACUUCUAGUAGUCCAUCGUUAUUUUCUACGGGUACAGCAAAUUAUACUAGAGAAAAUACAGUUUAUGGAAUGGUUCAAUGUACGCCAGAUUUAACACCGAGUAGCUGUGCUACGUGUGUUAGAUCAGCUAUCGAACUAAUUCCUAAAUAUUUCUAUGGUAAGCGAGGGGCACGAGUUCUUUAUCCAAGUUGUACUUUCAGAUAUGAGAUUUAUCCUUUUUAUGGCCAAUCUGUUUAUGCUACUACUCAAGCACUACCUCCAGCUCCUGUAGUGUUACCUCCUCCAACUCUUCAGUCGUUACCGAAUACAACUACUUCCAAUGGAAGUAAUUCAAAUUCAUUGAGACUUGCUGUUGGUAUCUCCGUUCCUUUGGGAAUUGCAGUACUACUUUCCUCCAUUGCCGUUUGGUGGUUCUAUUUCCAUAAGAAAAAGAAGAUAAAUGCCCAAGAUGGGAAAAAAGAUUUUCGAACUGUGGAAUCAUUACACUUCAAAUUCGAUAUAAUAAGUACUGCGACAGAUAACUUCUCAGAGGCUAACAAACUCGGAGAAGGUGGAUUUGGCUCUGUUUAUAAGGGUACGUUGUCUGAUGGACAGGAAAUAGCUGUUAAAAGACUCUCUGAAGAUUCUGGUCAAGGUGAUCAGGAGUUUAAGAAUGAAGUUUUACUAUUAGCUAAACUUGAGCACAAGAAUCUUGUGAGACUAUUAGGUUUUUGUUUACAUGGACAAGAGAAACUACUCAUCUACGAGCUAAUGAACGCAAGUCUUGAUCAAUUCAUAUUCGACACCUUAAAACAGACGUAUUUGGAUUGGGAAAUGCGAUACAAAAUUAUUGGAGGAAUUGCUCGAGGACUUCUAUAUCUUCAUGAGGAUUCUCAACUUAAAAUUAUUCAUAGAGAUCUCAAAACUAGCAAUAUACUGUUAGCACCAGAUAUGGUUCCCAAAAUUGCAGACUUUGGUAUGGCUAGGCUCUUUCUGAUAGAUCAAACUCAAGCUAAUACAAAUAGAAUCGUCGGAACAUAUGGUUAUAUGGCUCCAGAGUACGCAUUUCAAGGACAAUUCUCCGUAAAAUCAGACGUUUUUAGUUUUGGUGUCUUAGUUCUCGAGAUUCUUAGUGGGAAGAAGAACACCAUAUUCUAUGAAUCAGUGACUGGGGGUGCUCAAGAUCUCUUAACUUAUGCAUGGAGACAUUGGCAGAAUGGAUCAGCACUAGAGCUGUUAGAUGCAAGUUUCAAGGACAAUUGCUCGAGAAGCGAAGUAAUUAGAUGUAUCCACAUUGCAUUAUUAUGUGUUCAACACAGUAUUGCCAAUAGACCUACCAUGGUCUCAGUCAUUGUAAUGCUCAAUAGCUCUGUAACUCUCCCAGUACCUACACCACCUGCUUAUCUUGUGUCAGAUCAAGCAGUUGAAGAUCAAUGGAGCUUAAAUGAAGCUUCAUUUACCGGAUUAUCUCCUCGAUAACAUGUAAAUGUUUCUCCCAAAAAUAAACUUGAUAUAGGAUUUGCAUCUGAUGUAAUAAACUCCUCAUUAUUUCAAGCAUUCAUCAGUGUAACAGCAUUAUUUC